AACUUUGCGAUUUGCAUCUUUGGAUCUUUUGGAUGGCGUAGGCAUCGGCGGCACGGCGGAAGCCCGCAUCAGCAGUCGCCUUCCAGCUGUUAGGUUGAACUACUGCUAAAGUUCUAAGCACAUCGUGCAAUUGCAUGUCCAUUCAUCAGCUCUGUAUAGACAUUUUUUUGAUAUGGGUAGAACGAUAGCUUACGACGAUCAUGUUCAGAAACUGAUCAGCGAGCUCGUCCAGGUCAAGAACUCGUUGACAGUUGGUGUGAUCAUCGGGCAGAGCACGCAACAGCGAGACAUCGUGGUGCACAUUGCGAAUACGCCCCAGAAGGAUGACGAAGAAUCACAGGAGGAAGGCGACGUGAAGCUGUCGCACAAGUCCGUCGGCGACCAAGCAGACAUUGAGGAAGCCUGGAUCUGCCAACAUGCGAAGCAGGUAACACGCAUGCUUCCUGGAGGCAUGGAUGUGCUGGGACUGUUUGCUGUGGGUACUCCAGAAGAGCUGGCAGCUGCUCAGCCCAAGCUUAGACAGGUGCUGUUUGCUGUAUUCAAAGUCAUUGCUAAGGACCAGAGGAUGUCGCUAAACUCUGAGGUGUCUGAUCGAAUCCAGCUCCAGAUCUGCACCUUGACAAGGAAGAUAACAUGCAAAACAUUUGAUGUCUCUGACCACAAAUGCACUGCACGGCCUGCUGACUGGAAGCCUGCAGUGGGACCGAGUGCAUGGCAUCGACUGGAGGCAUCACUGAGCCUGGACUUGUGGGUUGCACUUAGCGAGGAGCGCUGUCGUCAGGGGCUUUUGCGACAGAUCCAAGUGGGCUUGGAGCCUUUCAUGCGAGGCCUGCAUGAUGCUCGGGCACUGCUCAAUGGGGAAGCCCGGCCUCCCGAUGAACCCCUGGCUGCUGCCACAGACAGGCGCCGCUCCCCACGUGCUGCCAAGGAUGCCCCCCAGAGCCUGUUUCUUGUUGACCUAUUGCUGCCUCUAGACUGUGGCAAUGAUGGGCACUCGCUUGGUGGCCAAGUGCAGGGACCAACAUCUUGUGGAGCCAGUAUGUCCAUAGCGGGGACCAUACAGUGUCGAGGAUUUGUGCAUGCCAAAGCCACUGUCCAGGAAGCUGUCAAGGCCAUCAAGCAAGAUGUGUAUCGAAGCAUUACAUCAAGAUGUGAGAUCCAGUGCGAAGAUAUGCUACUUAUAGAAGAUGAACAGCAUGACCCUUCACUGGUGCACGAACUCCCAAAGCGAGUGUUUGCGCCUUUGGGCGACCGUGGCUUGACCCUGUGCGAUUACAUCUUCCACGGGGAUGCAGCUUGCGAUUCUCUUGAGGCUCUUCAAGAACUGCUCGGCCUUGACGUCUCCGCAGGAGACAUCGAGCUUGACACAGAGCACUCACCAGAAAGCAACCAGCAGGUUAUAGAUGGUGUUGAGACAGCAGAAAUUAUUACAGAGGCCACAGAGCAGCUUUCACGGGGACGCAACAUGCUCAUUCCAAUUGCGAGUGCAGCCAUUGCUGCUCUUGGUGCCGGUAUUUCCUACUUGCUGCUCCAGGACUGAGUUGGUGCACAGCAAAAGUUUGGUAUGGCUGGCAGUCUAUUUGUGUUGUCAUUCUUACGAGCGGCUGAUGUACAGAAUUAAAAAUACUUGCAAAAAUG